UGCCAGUGGAUUAUUUUAUAAUUUUAUAAUGCCUCAUUUAAUACCACUUGUAUUUCAAAGUGAUCACCGAAAUAGUUCUGAACGGCUUAUCAUUUUUCCUGGUUACAAUAUUAUCAAAAUAUUUGAUUCAUCUCCGUUGUAUGAAAUAACAUACUUUUUCCAUACUAUCGCGAUAUUUUUUUGUUUCACAGUUCUUGUGAGCACCUGCAAUUUAAUUUUAUUUUUAUUAACUCAUACUGAUGGCCGGAUUGAUAUAGUUACAGUCCAACUUAAUUCACUAAUAAAUGAUGUGAAUAAAGUGAAAUUUUCACACUCAAAGAUGACAAAUAUAGUAAAAAAUCAUGUCAGAAUCCUUCAAUUUUCCGAUGAAAUUCUCAACAAAAUUUUAUCUGAAAUUUGUAUAGUGGAGAUUGGUGCAACUACUAUACUUCUCUGUGUUGCUGAAUUUUGUUCUCUGAGAUUUUUAGGAAAGCAAGAUUUUACAAACAACAUACCAUAUAUUAUGUUGUUCCUUGGUUUAAGUUUAAAUAUGUUGAUAUUAUGUUACUUCAGUGAAAUUCUAAAUUCUCAGUUCAUUGGAAUUGGCACACAGCUUUACAUGACCCACUGGGACAGGAUUCCACUAAACGCAAGGAAAUAUUUAAUCCUAAUAAUAAAUAUGUCUCAGCGAACUAAAAAAAUUAGCGCUGGUGGUGUUAUUGACCUGUCGUACAUGACUUAUUUACAGAUUAUUAAAACCGGAUUUGCUUACUUACAAAUUUUAAGAGCUUCAGACAUGCAAAGUUAGCUAUCAAAACUUAUUGGAAAGAACCAUAAAUCUGGUUUCAGUUACCAUAUGUUGCAAAGAUCAAUGUUAUGAUAAUAAUAAUUCAAAUUAAUCAAUAGUAAAAGUUUUUUUAACCUAGUGUAGUGUAAAUGAGUCAAUGUAAAAAUUUUCGUGUGAAAAUUACAACAAAUUUUCACAUUCGUUCCCACUAUUCGGAGAACCGGAGUGGAGUAAUUAAACACUCCAUGCAAAGAGUAAAUCCAGUAAGGAGUAAAUUAUUAAAAAUAACCGAUAGUUGUUAUUAUCAUGAAUUUCUGAGAGUGUAAUGACAUUUUCUGAUUGCAAUAAAGUAUUCACUUUACCACUU